CCGUCCGUGCCACGCUCCCGAAAUCAAAUGUUCUUGGCAGAAACUCGGGUUUUUCUAUGCAAAAAUUUCUAAUGUUUUUCUUUGCUCUUGUUAUUGUUAUUCCUUCCUCCAACUUAGGUUAAGUGCAAUGGCUAUAAGUAGGACCAGAAGAAGUGAUGAGGAUGAAGAAAUUACAUUAGUACCGUGCUAGUUAGUUACAAUUGCAGGAGAAGGAAAAAGGACGAACGGGAGGAGACGACUGAGUAGCUAAGAAAUUGUAACCGCGCCGCCAUGGAUGCUCAGCAACAGCAGGGAGCUGCCGCUCCGCAACCGCCGCUGCCACCGCGACCCGCUGGCCCAGAUUUCACUCCGAUCCUAACAGUCUUCUUUGCCUUCAUUGCUAUUUUUCUCGUGGCCACGUCACAGGUGCUUGUUCCUUCUUCAUCCAAUUUGCUAGAUAGCUUGGCUACUUUACAUCAAGUUCCAGAAGGCCAUGUUGGCGUUUAUUGGAGAGGGGGUGCUCUUCUGAAGACAAUUACCGAUCCAGGUUUUCAUGUGAAAUUGCCUUUGAUAACCCAGUUUGAGCCCAUUCAAGUUACUCUUCAAACAGAUUUGGUGAGGGAUAUUCCCUGUGGAACAAAAGGGGGUGUAAUGAUCAACUUUGAGAAGAUAGAAGUCGUUAACCGCCUUCGUAAGCAGUAUGUUUAUGAAACGCUGCUCAACUAUGGUGUCAAUUAUGACAAUACUUGGAUAUAUGAUAAAAUCCAUCAUGAGAUCAAUCAGUUUUGCAGCGUACAUUCCCUUCAGCAGGUUUACAUUGAUAUGUUUGACCAGAUUGAUGAGAAAAUGAAAGAUGCUCUUCAAGCUGAUUGCACACGUUAUGCUCCUGGUAUUGAAAUUAUCAGUGUUCGUGUUACAAAGCCUAAGAUCCCUGACAGUAUAAGGCGGAAUUUUGAGCAGAUGGAAGAGGAACGCACAAAGGUCUUGAUUGCAAUGGAGAGACAGAAAGUUGCAGAGAAGGAAGCUGAGACGCAGAAGAAGGUAGCAAUAAGUGAAGCUGAAAAGUAUGCUCAUGUUAGCAAGAUCCAGAUGGAGCAAAAGUUGAUGGAAAAAGAAAGCACAAGGAAGCAAGAGGAGAUUGCAAAUGCUAUAUACAUGGCUCGUGAAAAGAGUUUGGCUGAUGCCGAGUUUUAUCGAACAAUGAAAGUGGCAGAAGCGAACAAAAUGAAGCUUACUCCUGAGUAUUUGGAACUCAAGUUCAUUGAAGCAAUUGCUAAUAACUCGAAGAUAUUUUUUGGAGACAAGGUGCCAAGUAUGAUAUUUGAUCAAAGAAUAUUGGGAGACUUUCUGAAAGAUGCGGGCAGAAGGAACUUGGGAUUAUAAAUCCUUACAGAUCAUUGGUGUGACUCUGCUGAGUGAAGGAAAUAUACAAAUUAUAUUGUGAUUCAAUAGUGAAAGUGAGUCGGAUGUUAUUUUGAUCCACCGUUUUUGAUCCUGCACAGAUUGAACCUGUUUACUUUGUUGCCAAUAUCUCAAAAGAAAAUAUUUACAGAGAAAGUUGAAUGUUACGGCUUAUUUUGUCAGCUUCAAAGUUGUUUUCUGUCUUUUUGUGUUGUUACAUUCUGAUUAGAAAUUUAAGCUGCGUACCAGCAGAAUCCACUUUCUCAA